CGCUCACCGCCUCUGGCGCACCAGCCCGGAGGGAGGGGGCUGCCUCUCGAGCCAGAACUGCAACGUCAAACAUCCCGGGAACCACCUCAGCCGCCCCCCGCCCCGGGCCCGCGGCGGCACGGAGCAUGGACGCGGUGCUGCUAGAGCACUUCCCCGGGGGCCUGGACGCCUUCCCGUCUCCUUACUUUGACGAGGAGGACUUCUUCACCGACCAGUCCUCUCGGGACCCGCUGGAGGACGGCGAUGAGCUGCUGGCGGACGAGCAGGCGGAGGUGGAGUUCCUCAGCCACCAGCUGCACGAGUACUGCUACCGCGACGGGGCGUGCCUGCUGCUGCAGCCCGCGCCCUCGGCGGCCCCGCACGCGCUCGCCCCGCCGCCCUCGGGGGGCCCCGGCGAGCCGGAGGACGGCGGCGGCGGCGGCGGCUACUGCUGCGACGCAGGGGCGCCCCCCGGCGGCUUCCCCUACUCGCCCGGCUCGCCGCCCGCGUGCCUGGCCUACCCGUGCGCGGGGGCGGCCGUGCUGUCCCCCGAGGCCCGGCUGCGCGGCCUGAGCGGGGCGGCGGCGGCGGCGGCGGCGGCGGCGCGGCGGCGGCGGCGGGUGCGCUCCGAGGCCGAGCUGCAGCAGCUGCGGCAGGCGGCCAACGUGCGCGAGCGGCGGCGCAUGCAGUCCAUCAACGACGCCUUCGAGGGGCUGCGCUCGCACAUCCCCACGCUGCCCUACGAGAAGCGCCUCUCCAAGGUGGACACGCUGCGCCUGGCCAUCGGCUACAUCAACUUCCUCAGCGAGCUGGUGCAGGCCGACCUGCCGCUGCGCGGCGGCGGCGCGGGCGGCGGCGGGGGGCCGGGCGGCGGCGGGCGCCUGGGCGGGGACAGCCCGGGCAGCCAGACCCAGAAGGUCAUCAUCUGCCAUCGGGGCACCCGGUCCCCCUCCCCCAGCGACCCGGAUUAUGGCCUCCCUCCCCUGGCAGGACACUCCCUCUCAUGGACUGAUGAAAAGCAACUCAAAGAACAAAAUAUUAUCCGAACAGCCAAAGUGUGGACCCCAGAGGACCCCAGAAAACUCACCAGCAAAUCUCCCUUCAACAACAUAGAAAACGAACCGCCUUUUGAGUUUGUGUCCUGAGAAGCCCCAGACCCGCCUGAGGAUCUGAUUCUGUCUCUGUGCAUAUUGUACAUGUAAAUAUCAAUAAUGUAAUUUAAGAAUCACAUUUUUCUAAAGGCAAUCAACUGUUUGUUAUUUAUCUAUUUAUUAUCCUGUCGAGUUAAUGAAAUAGACGAUCUCUUUUUAAGUAUAUAAUUUAUAUAAUUUAUCCUGAUUUUCUGAAAAUAUGCAAUAGCCUGUGAUUCCCCCCCCCCCCAGCACCUUUGGCAGAACUCUGCGUUGUUGGAAGAACUCUGGCCGGACAACUUCAUGCUAAUUUAUUGCCAGAUAUGGUUUAUUUCUAAGCGAUGUUAAUAAAUGCUAUUUACA